UACCCAAUACGAAAUCCCAAACCUAUUCACAGUCAUUUGAUAUCCAAAAGAACAAUAAAAUGGAAAAUAUAAAUAUAAAUAAUUGAAUUUGAACGACAGCUUCAGCUUCAAAACCCUGUCUGUCUGACUAAAAAACCUCUCACUCACACCCCCUUCCCACUAGUCCACAGCUACUGUUGAGACCUCGCAAAUGCCUCCCAAUCUCCGCCUAAUCAUCAUCUUCUUCUUCUUCUUCUUCGUCUUGGCCUCUAGGGCUCGAGCCAUAGGCGUCAACUGGGGCACCAUGGCCUCUCAUCCUCUCCCACCCCCUAAGGUUGUGGAGCUCUUGAAGUCCAACGACAUCAACAAAGUCAAGCUCUUCGACGCCGACCCACUCGUCCUCCAAGCUUUAUCUGGCUCCAAUCUCGGUGUCACCAUUGGCAUUCCAAAUGCUAUGCUCAGAAGCUUGAACUCCUCCAAGAAAGCCGCUGAGAGUUGGGUCCAUGACAAUGUCACCCGGUACAUCUCUAAUGGCGGCAGUGGAGUUCGAAUUGAGUAUGUUGCUGUAGGAGAUGAGCCAUUUCUCCAGAGCUAUGGUGAGCAGUUUAAACCUUUUGUAAUUGGAGCAGCCAUCAAUAUCCAAACAGCUUUGGUCAGAGCAAACUUGGACAGCAAGGUGAAAGUAGUGGUACCCUGCAGUUUUGAUGCAUUCCUAUCAGAAUCAAACCUUCCUUCCAAAGGGCACUUCCGAGCUGAACUUAACAAAACCAUGAUUCAACUCCUCACGUUUCUGGACAAGCAUAGCUCACCUUUCUUUGUGACCAUCUCCCCAUUCUUAAGUCUCCAACAAAACAAAAACAUCUCACUUGACUUUACUCUAUUUAAAGAAACUGCAAAAGCUCACAAUGAUAGUCAUAGAACAUACAAAAACAGCUUUGACUUGAGCUAUGAUACUCUGGUCGCUGCACUGUCAACUGUAGGAUUCUCCAAAAUGGAUAUUGUUGUGUCACAAAUUGGUUGGCCUACAGAUGGAGCAGCUAAUGCAAACUCCUCCAUUGCAGAGACCUUUUUGAAAGGCUUUAUGAAACACCUUCAUAGCAAAAUGGGAACCCCACUUAGGCCCCAUAAUCCACCAGUUGAAACAUAUAUUUUUAGCCUCCUAGAUGAGGAUCAAAGAAGCAUAGCCACUGGAAAUUUUGAGAGACAUUGGGGCCUAUUCACUUUUGAUGGUCAAGCCAAGUAUCAUGUCGACUUUGGCCAAGGCUUGAAAACCCUUGUGAAUGCACAAAAUGUCGAGUACCUUUCCUCCAAGUGGUGUGUAGUGAACAACAAUAUAGACUUGUCUAAUGCAACUGCAAGUGCUUUACAGGCAUGUAACAAUGCUGAUUGCACCGCAUUGUCUCCUGGCGGAUCAUGUUCAAACAUCAGUUGGCCAGGGAAUAUAUCUUAUGCAUUUAAUAGCUUCUAUCAACAGCAUGAUCAAAGUGCAGAUAGCUGUGAUUUUGGUGGUUUAGGUUUAAUCACAACAGUAGAUCCUUCGGUGGGUAAGUGCAGAUUUCCAGUAGAACUUCGCACUUCAUAUUCAGAUUGUCUUCAUAGUAAUGCCUUUGUUCUCCCAUUAAUGACCUUUCUAAUGGCAGCCAUUUUGGUAUCCUUCCCCAAGCUUAUGUAGGAGCCAGAUAAAUGGGGGGCAUUUUUUGCAGCUCAUUGAUCUGCCACAGAUUCAUUCUCGGGAAGAUUUGUUGUUUUAUGAGGUUAAAAUAUUUCGGAAGCUCCCUUUAUGCUAAUUUUUUAAAAUGGCAAAAGAAGGGGAUUGUGGAAAAUGCAACAAUAGGCUCCAUUUCCUUGUUUGUGUGUGUAGUUGAAUUCGUUAGUUGAUUUUUUCCCUGAAUGCAGUUUCUAUUUUGAAAAGUCAAGCAUCAGCUUUUUGCUAUGGAAUCGGCACGCUAAUCACUCUAGCUUCCUAAUAGAUAAUACUAGGGAGACACCCACCUUAUUUUGCAUUUUUGCUUUUCUUGCGUAUUUGGUUAUGAAACCAAAUCCGAAAGGGUGAAAAAAUAUAGUUCAUAGCAUGUUGAAUGAGUAAGCUAUGAAAGAAAAAACGAAAAAGGAUAAUUUCCCAUUUGCCCUUCAGUAAGCUAUGUAAGCCAAGAUUCAUAUAUAUAUAUAUAUAUAUAGAUAUAGAUAUAUACAUAUGUAUGUAUGGGGAGCUUCUACGGUGCGGACUGUCCUUUGGCUUUGGAUGCUGUUUGAAUGCCAUGGUACAUACUGUAGAAUUACUAUGUA